CUCCUCCUCCUCUCUCUCUUUCUCUUUCUCUCUCUGCCUCUCUCCCUCCCUCCCUGAGCGUCCCUGUAACUGAACAGUGAAAAUUCACAUUGUGGAUCCGCUAACAGGCGCAGAUGUCAUGUGAAAACGCACAUGUUCUGCCAUCCACACAGCCUUCCUUUCUUUCCUGCCCCCCCCCUCCUUUUUUGCUCCUUUCCCCUCUUCUUUGUAACUAACCAAACCACCAUCAACUCCUCCUCCUUCUCCUCCUCCUCCUCCUCCUCAGUCCAAGUGAUUACAAAAGAAAUCUUCUGAACCGGUGGUGGCAUUUUUUUUAAGCAAAUACACUGGAGAGAAAGACAACAAAACAAAACAAACCAGACACCAAUCAGACAACAUAUUUUCACCCUUUCUGAAAACAACAACAAACAAACAACAGCAACAAAACCCCACCUGACCAAACAAUCACCACUAUCACCAUCAUUAUCAUCAUCACCAUUAUCAUCAAAACCAGUUAAGACAGCAGAGGCCUCACUAGCCACACAGCAGCCAACACCAACAACUGGCAACAAUAACAGCCUGGAAGGGAUGGUUUUCUCGGCAGAACAGAUCUUCGGCUGCAGCCUCCACUCGUGCUGAGAGGGGAUUUUUGUGCUUUCCGAGGUGCGGGCUGGUAGCAGCUUAAUGACUGCGCGGAGUGAGCUAUCGGCAACACCAUGCGAGCACAAAUUGAAGUGAUACCAUGCAAAAUUUGUGGCGAUAAGUCCUCUGGAAUCCACUAUGGAGUCAUCACAUGUGAAGGUUGCAAGGGAUUCUUUCGAAGGAGCCAGCAGAACAAUGCAUCUUACUCCUGCCCAAGGCAGAGAAACUGUUUAAUUGACAGAACGAACAGAAACCGGUGCCAACAUUGCCGGCUGCAGAAGUGUCUUGCCCUAGGAAUGUCUCGAGAUGCUGUCAAAUUUGGGAGGAUGUCCAAGAAGCAAAGGGACAGCCUAUAUGCAGAAGUGCAGAAGCACCAGCAACGGCUUCAGGAACAACGGCAACAGCAGAAUGGGGAGGCAGAGGCCCUUGCCAGGGUCUACAGCAGCAGCAUCAGCAAUGGCCUGAACAACCUGAACAACGAAACAGGUGGCACCUAUUCCAAUGGGCAUGUCAUUGACUUGCCAAAGUCUGAGGGUUAUUAUAACGUGGAUUCGGGCCAGCCAUCCCCAGAUCAGUCAGGACUGGAUAUGACUGGAAUCAAACAGAUAAAGCAAGAACCUAUCUAUGACCUCACUUCUGUACCCAACUUGUUUACCUAUAGCUCUUUCAACAAUGGGCAAUUAGCACCAGGGAUAACCAUGACUGAAAUAGAUCGAAUUGCACAGAACAUCAUUAAGUCCCAUUUGGAGACGUGUCAAUACACCAUGGAGGAGCUACACCAGCUAGCCUGGCAGACUCACACAUAUGAAGAAAUUAAGGCGUAUCAGAGCAAGACCAGAGAGGCAUUGUGGCAACAGUGUGCUGUUCAGAUCACUCACGCAAUCCAAUAUGUGGUGGAGUUUGCGAAGAGGAUCACAGGUUUCAUGGAGCUCUGUCAAAACGAUCAGAUUCUACUCCUGAAGUCAGGUUGCUUGGAAGUGGUUUUAGUGAGAAUGUGUCGUGCCUUCAACCCACUAAACAACACUGUUCUGUUUGAAGGAAAGUACGGAGGAAUGCAAAUGUUCAAAGCCUUAGGUUCCGAUGACCUGGUGAAUGAAGCAUUCGACUUCGCAAAGAAUUUGUGUUCCUUGCAGCUGACAGAAGAAGAGAUUGCCUUGUUCUCAUCUGCUGUGCUGAUAUCUCCAGACCGAGCCUGGCUAAUAGAACCUCGGAAGGUUCAGAAGCUUCAGGAGAAAAUUUAUUUCGCACUUCAGCAUGUGAUUCAGAAGAAUCACCUUGAUGAUGAGACUUUGGCAAAGUUAAUAGCCAAGAUACCGACCAUCACCGCAGUUUGCAACUUGCAUGGAGAGAAACUGCAGGUAUUUAAGCAAUCUCAUCCUGAUAUAGUGAACACACUAUUUCCUCCAUUAUAUAAGGAGCUUUUCAACCCUGACUGUACUACAGUCUGCAAAUGAAGGGGAGCACAGAGCUGUCAUGUGGUUCUCAAAUGCGUCACUCUUAAGACAAAAGCAAUGCGCUCAUGAAGACUUAUGAAAAAUGUCACUACUGCAACACUAGGAAUGUCCUGCACUUAAUAGAAUUAUUUUUCACCGCUACAGUUUGAAGAAUGUAAAUAUGCACCUGAGUGGGGCUCUUUUUUUUUUUUGAACUGACCAUAAAUAUACAAAUAUAGGACACUGGGUGUUAUCUUUUUUUAAUUUUAUUGGGGUAUGUUUUGGGAGACAACUGUUCAUAGAAUUUUAUUGUAGAUAAAAAAAAUGAGAACAGAGCGGUACCUUACAUUAUUACUCUUGCUGUUUAUUGUUCAGAUAUAAUUUAAGAAAACUUCACUUAUUAGACUUACCUAUUUCUAUGUUUUUAGAUAGUUAAUUGCAUGUGGAAAUUUGUAGCUGUCUUGGAAAGUGCUGUGCAUGUAUGUAAUAAGUAUAUAAUAUGUGAAUAUAUUAUAUAUGACUAUUACUUAUACAUGCACAUAUACUGUGGCUUAAAAUCCCAUGCCUACUUGCAAAGGAUGUUCAGUCAGGCUUUCUUGUAUUAUUUACCCUCCGUGUAAUGUGUUACCUUUAUGUUGGGUAAUCUGGAUUUUUGCUUUGCCAACCAGAGUUUAGCCAUCCAUAGCUAUUGGUGGGAUGGUAUCAAUGUUCUAAAAUCCAUGUACAAAAAGUAAUGGAUUCAUUAGACAGCCUCUAUACUAACAGCUCUAUUUGUAGCCAUGGUAUAAAAGCCUUGUCUGGAGGGUUCAAAUGGAAAGUACAUAUUUUUUUUCCUGUUCUAAGAAUCAGGCAAUAGAUAAUAUUUUGAGGACCUGUGACUGGAAAAGUUUUUAAUUCAACACAAUAAAUAUUAUUGGGCAUUUCCCACUAUAAAAUGCAACUUUUUUUUCUUCCCCCCCCCCCCAAAUUUCUAGUCACAAAAGGGAUUUCUCCUCAGCAAAUUAUUGCAUCAAAUGAGAAAUAUAGGUUGUGGAUAGCAAUCACCAGCAAACUCAUAUUCAUUUAAAAAAAAAGUGAUGUGAUCAAUGAAAACAUGACGGUGUUAGUGCCAUUUUCUGCAAAUGUUUAGUUCCAGGAAUUAUUCAAAUGAAGUAAAAGUACUAUGAGUAAGUACCAAGCAAACAAUCAACUCUUAAGAGUUCACUAUUUUCACAUAUAAGAACAAGAGAGCUUUCACAUAUUUUUCCUCUAUAGUUCUGGGGACUUCACUCUAUCUCUGCCUCUAUUUCUCUCUCACUCAAUCUUUCCCUGGCUCUGCCUCCAUCUCUUUAAAAAUCUUCAGAUCAUAUAUUGCAAAAGUAGAGUAGUAACUGACUUGCUAUGAAAGAAUCUUUAAAAGACAAUAUUUAGAUUAUCUUUAAAAAAACUAAGCAACAAUAAUAGCAGCACUUGUUCAUUUUUUUAAAGACAUUAAAAGUGCAUUUCAGAAUAUACAAAGUCAAUUUGUGAACUUAAAUAUAUACAUACAUAUAUACAUGCACAUAUAUAUAUAAUAUGUACAUGUAUUUUAUAUAUCUACACAUACAUACAUAAAAACACACACUGUAGAGUCAGUGCAUCUGAAGGCCCCAUAAUAUUGAUUUCAGGAUCAGAGAAGUUGGGCUGGUGGUACAUUAAUCCUCAUUUCUCCCUUUCCUCCUGAUUAGAUUAUUCCACAGAAAGAAACUAAAAUGUCAAGUGAGUCUUCUAUGCCUGUUCAGUAUUACUUUAUCUAAGGGAAGAUCAGGAGAGGCGAAACUUGUACAAAAUAAUGAAAAUUAUGCCAUUCUUUUAUAAAUUAACAGAAGCCACCAUUUCAUUAAAAGAGGGUCUUUUCUCCUGGGAGGGGAGAGGUCCACAAAAGGGGGAAUAAUGCCUGUGUCUUUUAGAUAGGGGCAGUCAGUCAUCAAUGGAAACUUGGAUUUUUAGCUCUUAAACUCUCCUGAGAUUAGCUUUUUCCAGUACACAGAAGAAUUCACAGAUAACCAGAAUCAUGGCAUUUGCCUUUUCUAGAUAGAAUCCGGAGGCUUUUUUCCCCUAAUGAUUGAUGAAUUCCAAACCGAUAGGGGGAAACAAAAAAGGCUUUAAAAUAAUGAAUCUCAUUCUCAACUACUGUUAUAUUCAAUUAAUUUAACUACAUUGAACCAAAUUACCUUGGGUGUCGAAGAAGACAGCUGUAGACGGCUUAUUAUGCUGCUACAGGGACUCAAUUCUUUUUGGCGUAAAUGUCACUCCUGCUAGCGCUUUGUAUAAAGAAUUAAUUCCAAGAGUCAUAUUUCCUUCUAAUGGAAAGAUUACUUUACUGAUUGCUAGGAAAACAGGGUAAUAGAAGGCACUCCAUUAAACCAAGCCGUUUCCAAAUGCAAUAGAUGUUUUAUGAUUGGCUUGUGAUAGGAAAGGCUCUAAGUGUCUGCCUGGUGUUUCCCUUUGAGCUUUGAACUUAUGUCAAACUUUGUUUUCCUAGUUCCGUUAUCCUAGUGGUUUCCAUUGUUGGCCUUUAAUUCUUAUUCAGUUGCAUUGGGAAUCAUGUAUUUCCUUCAUUUUCCCCAAGAGGUUUUUAAUUGACUCAAUUUAUGAAGAGGUAGAGCCUGUGUAUGUUUUUUUCCCCCUCCCCUGGUCCCAUGGGUGAAUUUACAGAAAGACUGCUUCCCCUACUUGCCUCUGGAGAAAAUAGCUUUGAACUAGAGUAGUUUCUACAUUUUCUAGAGCUGGUUUGAAAUUUUAAAGGUGGUGGAUUUUUAUAGUGGUGGGAGAGGGAUUAAAUCUAGCUGACCCAUCAUGUAUCCCACCAGCCAAGAUAAGAGACCAAAGGAAGCAACCUCUGAUGUCCACUUCAGGACCUAGAGAAAAUACUUCAUUUUUUUUUUUUACUGUGGAAUACUGUGAAAAAAUCUAAAUCUGGUCCAGAGAGAAUCAAGACGUGCUGUAAGUAGCACUGAAAUCUGUUAUACCUUUUUGAGCACCUCUUCAAAACACAUCUGUGAAGAAACUAACACCUGAUAUUAACAACUGAUUUUCCCUUAGGUCCUAGCUAAUAGCUACACUACAUUAUGUCCAAGCACUUUGUCCCAUCUCCAUGAGAAUCAACAAUUAUCUAUGAUAUAUUUGUGAUACAAGGAACAUGAGACAACAAAGAAGCCACAAUUUAUACUUUUCAAUUCACUCUUUGUAAAUGACAAUCACUGCUUAAUGCAGAUGUUGCACUGUAUUCCACUCAGGGAUGUUUCAUUUAUUUUUUUAAAAAAUAUCUACAUCAAGUAUGAGGGGAGAAAA